UUUCUUUCAGAAUUAUUUUGGAUCAAAAACAUUCGUUUCCGAUCCAAAUCUGUUUUCAUCUUGAAUUAGUGUAGUGAUAUUUACGUGAAAAAUGGCUCUGUUCCCCGGAGCCGUCGCGUUCGACGAAUAUGGACGCCCAUUUAUCAUAUUGCGGGACCAGGAUAAACAAAAAAGGCUUACCGGUCUAGAUGCUUUGAGGUCACACAUCUCAGCGGCUCGCCAGAUCGCUGGCAUCCUCCGUACAUCCCUCGGUCCCCGCGGCCUGGACAAGAUGAUGGUGUCCCCGGACGGAGAGGUGACCGUCACCAACGACGGAGCCACGAUCCUGAAGCUGAUGGAUGUGGAACAUCAGAUCGGAAAGCUUAUGGUGCAGCUGGCCCAAAGUCAGGAUGAUGAGAUUGGUGAUGGAACUACUGGAGUUGUCGUUCUUGCUGGUGCCCUCCUCGAGCAAGCCUCCAGCCUCCUCGACAAAGGCAUCCACCCGAUCCGCAUCGCCGACGGCUUCGAAAUGGCGGCCGCCGCAGCCCUGGCGCACCUCGACUCCAUCAGCGAAGCCUUCCCUGUCAACCAGGACACUAGGGACAACCUCAUCAAGGUUGCCAUGACAACGCUCGGCAGCAAAGUCGUCGUCAAGUGUCAUAAGCUGAUGGCCGAGAUUGCUGUUGAUGCCGUCCUAUCAGUAGCGGACCUCGAAAAGCGCGAUGUGAACUUCGAACUCAUCAAAGUGGAAGGGAAAGUCGGCGGCCGUAUGGAAGACUCGCUCCUGGUCAAGGGAGUGGUUGUGGACAAGACUAUGAGCCACCCGCAGAUGCCUAAAGUUCUCAAGGACGUGAAACUCGCCAUCCUCACCUGCCCGUUCGAGCCCCCGAAGCCCAAGACCAAGCAUAAGCUCCAGGUCGGCUCCGCCGAGCAGUACCGCGAGCUCCGCGCCUAUGAGCACGACAAGUUCCUCGAAAUGGUCCGCCGUGUCAAGGAAACCGGUGCAACCUUGGCCAUCUGCCAAUGGGGUUUCGACGACGAGGCCAACCACCUGCUCCUCUCCGAGGGUCUGCCCGCCGUGCGCUGGGUCGGAGGGCCCGAGAUGGAGCUCAUCGCCAUCGCCACUGGAGGCAGGAUUGUGCCCCGCUUCGAAGAACUGACCCCGGAGAAACUUGGCAAAUGUGGACUGGUUCGUGAGCUAUCCUUCGGCACAUCCAAAGAGGAGAUGCUAGUGAUCGAAGAGUGCAGCAACUCUCGCGCUGUCACCCUCCUCAUGAGGGGAGGCAACAGAAUGAUCGUCGAAGAGGCGAAGCGUUCCGUACACGACGCUCUAUGCAUCGUCCGCAGUCUAGUGCAGGACUCCCGUGUGGUCUACGGCGGAGGCGCAGCCGAGAUCUCGUGCUCGCUGGCCGUCGCUCGCGCCGCCGAGAGCAUCUCCUCUCUAGACCAGUACUCGUACCGCGGCUUCGCUGACGCGUUGGAAGCCAUCCCCCUCGCACUGGCUGAGAACAGCGGCCUGUCUCCGAUCGACGCGCUGUCUGAAGUGAAGGCGCGACAGGUGGCCGACAAGAACGCCAACCUCGGCAUCGACUGCAUGGGCAAGGGUUCAAACGACAUGAAGGCAAUGAACGUGAUCGAGUCCCUCCACUCGAAGAAGCAGCAGAUCGCGCUCGCCACGCAGCUCGUCAAGAUGAUCCUCAAGAUCGACGACGUCAGGUCCCCGGCUGACUCCAUCCAGUAAUCCCACUUCUGAACCUACUGGUUGGAACCUAGUGGUACUCCACUAGGAUUACAAGCCGAUCCCACUUCUGACCCGCUAGGAAAGAUGAUCCCACUUCUGAAUUAAUAGGAUUACAAGUUGAUCCCACUUCUGAUCACAGAAGAUUAGAAGCGAAUCCCACUUCUGCACCAAUAGAAGUACAGGCCUAUCCCACUUCUGAAUCAAUAGGAUCUUAUUCAGAUCCCACUUCUGAACGAAUUAAAAGCUACUAGUAUUACAAGAGCUUUGUUGAUGAGUCACCAUCUCGUCUUGAUUUUAAACCGUGUAACACUCCUCUCAGAGUGGUUUUGGUCGUUAUAUAACUUUUAUUCUGAUACAUUUUACAAGUAAAAUAUUUAUUGGUGCUCAAUACAACUGUGGGAUCAGUUCAGAAGUAAAACUAUGUGGGAUAUAAUUGCUACUAACUGGUUUCUUCCAUGGUUCUAUGUAGUCAUGAUUUAUAUUCAAUGUUUAAAUACUCGCAGCGUUGCGUAAAAAUCGUUAUAUUUUGUACGAUCCUCAGAACUGUUAGCGAGUUUACAAUUUAGAACCAUUCAGAACGCUAGAUUCAUCUUGUAAUGUUGCCUUUCUGUAUUAAUAUUUUUAUAUUGGUAAUACAUAUAUAUUUGCUGGUCAAUUGUUUUAAAUUUUCAUGUUUUUAGAGUUGUAUAAUGGACAUUACACUCCAUUUUACCGUUGUUUUAUAACGUGAAGAUUUUGAAAGUUUUUCUCGGGGUAAAUAUAUGUUCUAGCAGUGUUAUAAUGCCUCAUUAUACAACAAGUAUUUGGUGUUUCAUGACACUUACCAAACAUGUCUCAAUUCACUAAUUCGUAUUUUAGGUUAUUCGAGUUCAUUAUGCUAGUUUAAGUUAUUAAUGCAUUUUAUUGAACGGGGUACGUGCGUAUCUCAAGCCUUAUUGCACUAAUAAAAAUAAUUAAAUAUUAAA